AUGGCACCAGCAACAGAGACAACAUCAGCACAGGCCACCAUGCUCACCGACAAUUCCUACCUCCAAAACAACAAUAGCAACAGUAUGGUCUCUCGCUCCUCUUCCGCGGCCGUCUCUGUCGAACCCAAUGUCAAAACAAGGCUCUACCAUGUUUGGAAAGGGAAUAAUAAAUUUCUUUGUGGUGGAAGAUUAGUUUUCGGUCAGGAUGCAUCAUCUCUUUUUCUAACAUCAUUCCUGAUUGGAGGUCCUGCAAUACUAUUCUUAAUAAGAAUGCUAUUAUCACUAAAUAAAGAAGACCCUCACUUUAGCAACCCUGUACUAAUUGGAGGAGCGGUUCUCACUGUUUUGGAUUUUCUUUUUCUAUUCAUGACAUCCGGUAGAGAUCCAGGAAUUAUCCCCAGAAAUGCACAACCGCCUGAAUUAGAUGAACCAUUAGACAUAAACGUAUCAUCCAUGGAAUGGGUAAACAAUAGGGCCCCUAAUUUGAAGUUGCCUAGAGUAAAAGAUGUGAUAGUCAAUGGUCACACAGUGAAGGUGAAAUUCUGCGACACUUGUUUGCUCUAUCGUCCACCACGUGCUUCUCAUUGCUCUAUCUGCAAUAAUUGUGUGCAAAAGUUUGAUCAUCAUUGCCCUUGGGUUGGUCAGUGCAUUGGAUCACGUAACUACCCAUUCUUUAUUAUGUUCAUAUCAACAUCAACCUUGUUGUGUAUAUACGUGUUUGCAUUUUCUUGGGUUAACCUUCUUCGACAAAAGGGUGGAGUGUGGGACAACAUGUCACGUGAUAUCCUAUCAGUUACUCUCAUCGUAUAUUGCUUCAUAGCUGUUUGGUUCGUGGGAGGGCUAACAGUUUUUCAUCUCUAUUUGAUUUCCACCAACCAGACAACCUAUGAAAAUUUUCGGUACCGAUACGAUAAGAAGGAAAAUCCAUACACAAAAGGAAUAUUAGCAAACUUCAAAGAACUUUCGUGUGCAAGGAUCCCAAAAAAACUGGUAAACUUCAGAGAAUGGGUUGUGGUUGAGGAUGAGAUUCCAGAUGAGUCAUAUACUUCAGAUCUUGAAAGAGGUUUCAUAAGCUCAAAACAUAAAUUUGACAUGGAAAUGGGAACAAUGUAUGGCAAAGAUGGUAUGCGAAUUCCUUCGAUUUUGAAGGAAAUGGAUUACAGUGGCUUUGAUGAUGAUUUGAAGAAAAAGGGAGGAGAAAAAGAAGGUGAAUAUGAUAUUUUUGUUCCUGUUGAUCAAAUGAAAUCUAAAACUGGAGGCGGCAAUGCAAACGCAGAGAAACAAUAA